AUGGAACCUUGGGUGAUCUUUCUUAUACCUGUGUGCAUAAUAUUUGCUUUCUGUGUUCUUUUGACGCUACUAAGACGACUAGAAGCUGGUAGGCUCAACAGCACUGGUGGUGGUGGUGCUGGUGGUGACAUAGAAGAUGGUGGUCUUGGUUGGACAGCUGAUACUGGAGGAGUAGGCGGUGGCUGUGAUUUUGGAGGUGGGGGAGGAGGAGGCUGUGAUUUUGGAGGCGGGGGUGGUGGAGGCGGAGGCUGGGGCACCAUUUUCAUUUUGAGCCCAUAUAUUUGUUUAGAGCAGCUAGGUUUUAACCGCAAAGAGGUCGAGCAGUCCAAGCCAAUUGAAGAAAAUGGCUCCAAAAUCAAAGGUGUUGAAGAAGAUUAUGGCACCAUAGAAGAGGGUCGUGAAGCUGGUGGUAGUGGUGGUAACUGA